AUGUCAGACUUUCCUCCUUCACCCGUCGACACCAUUGACUGGAGCAAUGUGGGCUUCAAGAUCCGCGAAGUCGCUGGCCAUGUUGAAUCCCACUACUCUGUUGAGACCGGCAAAUGGACUCCCCCAGUCUUUGUCGAGGAUCCAUUCCUGCGUAUCCACGGUAUGGCACCCGGUCUGAAUUACGGGAUGCAGUGCUACGAGGGUAUGAAGGCCUUCCGAGCACCAAAUAACACCAUAAACAUCUUCAGGCCCAACAAGAAUGCCGAAAGGAUGCAACACUCGGCCUCUUUUAUUUCCAUUCCAGAGGUACCGACAGACCACUUCCUCGCCUGCUGCAGUAUGGCUGUAGGAAUGAACGCAGCAUACGUGCCACCUCAUGAGACCGGGGCGGCCAUGUACAUCCGACCACUGCUCUUCGGUAGCUCAGCGCAGCUUGGCCUGAACCCGCCACAGGAGUACACAUUCGUAGUCUAUUGUAUUCCAACAGGUGUCUACCAUGGAUCAAACCCGGUAGAUGCCGUCAUCCUUGAGGACUUUGACCGCGCCGCGCCGGAGGGAACUGGAUCAGCAAAGGUCGGAGGCAACUACGCUCCAGUAUUGCGGCAUAGUGAGAAGGCGUACAAGGCAGGCUACGGCAUUACCCUGCAUCUUGACAGCAAGACCAGAAGCGUCGUUGACGAGUUCUCAACGUCCGCAUUCAUUGGAGUGAAGAAGGAUGGCGACAAGGUCAAGCUUGUUGCAUCUAACAGCAAAAACGUUAUCCAGAGUGUGACUGGAGACAGCGUCCUCAGGAUUGCGGAAUCAUUUGGCUGGGAAGCCGAGUCCCGAGAGAUCGCGUAUGAAGAACUCAAGUCCUUCGACGAAGUCCUUGCUGCAGGAACAGCGGCGGCUCUUGUUCCCAUCAAAUCUAUCACUCUACCAUCGAAGGAUGACAAGUUCACGUAUGCAGAGGCACAGCAAGAACCAGGCCCAGUAUGCAAGAAGCUUCUUACAACACUGAAAGGUAUCCAGCAAGGAAAGAUUGAAGACAAGCAGAGCUGGCUUUUCAAGGUGGAGAGGCCUGAGCAGUUUGGAAAACAAGAACAGGCAAACGGGGCCAAGAUUACACCCAACAUCCCUACCCUCUCGCAUAACCACGAGGUCCGAAAUCUUGUAACGCGAGCCGAUCUGGACAGCAUCAAGUCUAACGACUGGCUCACGGACAAUGCCAUCGCCUUUUGGCAAGAAUACCUCGAACGCGAAGAGCUCAAUGCCUUCCCCAAAGCCUCCAUCGUCCUCCUCCGCCCCUCCAUGUCCUACAUGCUCAUGCAAUCCGCCGAGCCCCUCUCCUUGAAAGAAGUCCUCCCCAACUUCACUCACACAACACACGUCUUCCUCCCCAUAAACGACAACACCGACGUCACGCAAGCCGAAGGCGGCUCACAUUGGUCCCUCCUCCUCGUUUCCAUCAUCGAUGGCGUUUCAUUCCACUACGACUCCAUGACUCAGUCCAACGAGCGCGAAGCACGAAGCACAACCAUGAAGCUGGAACAACUACUAGGAAAGCGACUGCGGUUUAUCCCUAUGAGUGAUAGUCCGCAGCAAGAAAACGGAAGUGAUUGUGGUGUGUUCGUCUGUGUGCUUAUGCGACAUUUGCUGCUCAAGAGGCUGCUUCGGGCCGAUGCGAGCAAGAAGGUCAGCAUGAGCAUGCGAGAUGCACACAUAAACGCAAAAGACGGACGGAGAACUAUGCUCAAGGUCAUCGAGGAGAGGAGAGACGAGGGAAAGCGGAGACGCUCAGGCAGUCAUUCACCCUUUAGAAAUCCCUCCGCCCACUCCAAGAGCCCACCACGCAUAGGCGACGAACAAUCCCAGGAACGCUAG